UUUGUUUAAUUUAAGCUCACAUCCAUUCUUCCCAAAAACAAUUAUUUUAUUUAAAAAUAAAUUUAUAAUAUUCGAAUAGCUAAAUACGUAGUAUAUUUUUUUAAUAAAUAUAAUCACUAAAAUAUUGAAAUAUUUUCUUCGUACAAGUAAUUCUAUUGUAUUGACUGUCAGAUCAUAAAUCCAGGGCUUCAGAACUGUCAAAAUGUCUCGAAAGCUCAAAACGAAAUCGAAGCACCUAGGCAUUCGGAAUAAGUUUUAAAAUGAAUGAAGUUUUGUAAAGAAUAAAUUAUCGUUUUGCUACCGUACCUAUUAAUUAGUUGGAUAUUUCGAUUGUGAUGUUUUUUUUAAUGUCAGCACAUCGAUUUUUAAGGAACGCCUAAUUGGCCUCAAACAUCGAACAAAGAAGGAGCGUGAAAAAAUGUCUGAACAUCUGGAACUCCAACAUCUAGUGGACCUUUCGGUCGGAAGUGGCGAUGAAUCGAUGCCGAACUUGCUGGAAAAUAGAAGACCUCUCUCAAAAAGAUGCCCCUACCUGGGUUUGAUGCUGGCGAUGCUUUCCUCGCUCUUCUUCUCCUUAUGCUCUGUGAUAGUUAAAAGCCUGGUAAACAUAGACCCAAUGCAGCUCGCAAUGUUUCGGUUCAUGGGAGUUUUGUUGCCGACUGUGCCGAUCAUAAUUUACACCGAACAGACUGUAUUCCCUGAAGGCAAACGCUUGCUGCUACUGUUACGUUCCAUUGUGGGGACAGUGGGUCUCAUGUUGAGUUUCUAUGCGUUCCGUAAUAUGCCAUUAGCGGAUGCGUCUGUUAUUGUGUUCUCUGUACCUGUGUUUGUAGCAUUGUUUGCGAGAGUAUUCUUAAAAGAACCAUGUGGCAUCUGGAACACCCUGUCUAUAAUGUUGACACUCGUUGGAGUUAUCUUAAUUACCCGACCACCAUUUAUAUUUGGAGAAACGAAGGUUGAAAAUAAUCAGAACUAUAAUAGCUUACGUGGAGCUAUAGCGGCAUUUGUUUCAACUAUAUUCGGUGCCAACGCAUAUGUACUACUGAGAGUGCUUAAAGGCCUGCACUUCUCUGUGAUUAUGACAAAUUUUGGUGCUAUCGCCACAAUGCAGACAUUGUUUUUUUCCAUCAUGUUUGGUGUUCUCUGUAUGCCGAACUGUGGUACAGAGAGAUUCUUAGUUCUAUGCCUUGCUAUAUUCAGUUAUCUGGGACAGAUACUUUUGACAAUGUCCUUACAGAUGGAGCAGGCUGGCCCCGUAGCUAUUGCUCGUUCUGCUGACAUCGUGUUUGCUUUCUUUUGGCAGGUUAUGUUUUUUAAUGAAAUACCUAGCAAGUAUUCAAUAUGCGGUGCGAUUCUAGUUUUAAGUUCUGUGUUACUGGUCGGUUUAAGGAAAUGGGCGUUGUCAUUGCCCGCCGACUCAAGAUUGAAGCACAGACUGGGUGUUUUGGCUCAAUAAGUAACAUAAGGUCUUCAACGCAUCAUGUAAAUUAUCAUUACUUCAAAUUUAUUAACAUUAUAUGACAAUGAAAUAUAAAUCAUUGUAAAAUAUCACUUAAGCAAUACAUUUAAAUUAAUUUUCCAUAGAUAAUACAUAAAUAAUAUAUUCCGACACCUAUAAUGUAUUGUUUCGAAUCUCUUAACACCUGCAGCAGGCAGCUAAAGUCUCCAUAUAGCUAGUGUUGUCCAUUUCACUUCACACUUAUGUUCCUUAUUAGCUUUAAAUUGUGUUUUAUCGUUCUAAGGUUAUCAACUAAUGUUCUUACUAAUAUAAUGUGCUAGUCGCCACAGUAUUAUAUCAGGUCACAAUAAUAUAACAAGGGAUAUCUAUGUAUUUUAAUUGGGUUGUGAAUAUCAUUUCAAUAUUUAUCGAUGUUACAUAGAAUUACAUAUUGGAUAGCAAUUGAUCGGGUUAUGACGUCAUAGGUUAUCAAAUCUUGAGAUUAUUCUAGAAGUUCUGUGAUGUCAUACUAUACAUAAUAUAGGCAGCGGUUUAUUCUAAACGUUUUAAAUUAAUCUUGUAUCGUGUAGUUAUACAUUUCACUAUACUAUAUCAGUAUUCAAUGUUUCCGAACGUCUAGUCAAAAAUAUUUGUUGUUAUCACAUUUAUUUAUUUGUAAAUAAUUUAUUUAAGAAUUUAAUUUAAGCAACCAUUUUAUUCGACAGUCGCAUACAUCAAUUUGGCUGUAUAAUUAGUGUAAUUUGUGAAUUUAUUUAUGUUUUAUUAAAAAAAAAAAAACAGUAUUAUUUAUAUUUACCUGUGUUAUUAUAUAUUGAAUUGUGAUACUAUAUUUUGCAUUAGCGUUACAGUUAUGGCUACUUGCUGUGUUUCAAUAAACGUCAUAUUUACGUCCUGCA